UGGGCGGAGCCCGCGCGGGAUCCGGGUAGCUGCGGACGGCGGCGGCUGAGUCUGCGGGGCAGGGGUCGCGGGCCAAGCCGCUGCGAGUUCGGAGGCGGAGUCCCGGAGAGCAGCGACCGCCACGCGAGGGCACCAGCUCUCCCCAUCUGAGGAGUUAAGGCCUCCCCGCAGAAGGCUCCCCGUCAAGAUGGCAUCGGCUGGAGAGCACCCCACAGGCCCGCGGGAUGCAGCAGACCAGAACUUCGACUACAUGUUUAAGCUGCUGCUGAUCGGCAAUAGCAGUGUGGGCAAAACGUCCUUCCUGUUCCGCUACGCUGAUGACUCUUUCACACCUGCAUUCGUCAGCACUGUGGGCAUUGACUUCAAGGUCAAGACCGUCUACCGCCAUGACAAGAGGAUCAAGCUGCAGAUCUGGGACACGGCUGGCCAGGAGCGCUACCGCACCAUCACCACAGCCUACUACCGUGGAGCCAUGGGCUUCCUGCUCAUGUAUGAUGUCGCCAACCAGGAGUCAUUUGCUGCUGUGCAGGACUGGGCCACACAGAUCAAGACAUACUCCUGGGACAAUGCCCAGGUUCUCCUCGUGGGGAACAAGUGUGACCUGGAGGAUGAGCGCGUCGUGCCCACCGAGGAUGGCCGGAGGCUCGCCGACGACCUCGGUUUCGAGUUCUUCGAGGCCAGUGCCAAGGAGAACAUCAACGUGAAGCAGGUCUUCGAGCGCCUGGUGGACGUUAUUUGUGAGAAGAUGAAUGAGUCCCUGGAACCCAGCUCCAGCCAGGGCAGCAAUGGGAAAGGCCCGGCCCUGGGGGACACGCCACCCCCCCAGUCCAGUGGCUGCAGCUGCUAGAGAUGACCCCCCUGCCCCCCCCCGCCCCCCUCCUGCCUUGGCAGGGACUUUGACUGUGUGUGGCAUAAGCCACAAGGGCUGUCUCCGAGCUCAGGGCGCUCCUGCCUCCCAUCAGCUGCCCCCACCCCGCAUGGCUCACCCCUUGCUGAGGCUGCCAGCCGCCUGAGCAGCCCCUGUUAGGGCUGUAGACCCUGGGACACUGCAUUGCAGGCAGGGCCCAGGGGUGUCCAUGUACACAAGCUUACUGCUUUUCAAGGUGUUUCAGUGGGGUAGCCAUGGCGGCAUGUCACACCCACACGGGUGGAGGGGCAGCUGCAGUGCCUUCUUGGUUAGAAAUGUUUUCCAAGUCCACGCUGUGCUGAGUGUCAAGUGGGGUCCACAAAAUGGCUGAAGGAGUUUGUCUUCCCCUUAAUUCUGGGAGUUGUUGUGGAAGGCAGCUCCUCAGCCUCUCAGGGCCCCCAAUCCCCUGGCCUGGUGCCUGAGCCUGCCCUGCCAACCUCCUCAGGCCCCAAGGCUCUAGGGUGGGAAGGCGAUUUGGAAACCACAGACCUCUCCCCCUGGCCCGAAGCCUCUCUGCCUGAGAAAGCAGUGUUAAAGCAGGUUUUCCUGGUGGAGAAGGGGCAGGAGUCAGAGGCCCUCUCAAUUCAGGAACCCCAGAAGUGCCUUCCUGAGCUUCCUCAGAAUUCCACAACACCCACGACCCUGUCACUGUUUCGGCUCCACUACAUUCUCUGAUCUUGUGAGUGGAAUCACAGAACCACCGGCAGCAUCAGGCUGCCCAACUCCUCGUGCUCCUGUGUGGGGCUUUUUGCCAGGAGCUUCCUACAAUGAGGAGACCAGGCUGCCCGCCCAGACCUGCCUCCCUCCCCAGCUCCCUCUUGGCUGGGCUGGUUUAAAGCAAGGUCUUUCCAAAUCUUACAUCCUGCUAGAAAAGGAAAUUGAGCAAUGUUCCCAUAGGCUGUGCUCACCAGAGGACUUUGUGGUAUAAAGACCUGGGCUCCUUCGAAUGGAGGACCCUUGAAGUCCCAGUGUCCGUUUUUUGUCAUUAACAGGGCCCAGCAACGUGACAUUUUGUGCUUAUGGAGGGGUCCUGUCUAAGAGACAUGCUGGGGCUGGGCUGGAAGGGUAAGAAGGUAGCGUUUUAUGACCUUGUACUUCAGGGACAAGGCUUGGGAGGGUUAAGGCCCUCCUGCCGAUGAGGUGUGUGCUGUGAGUCUCCCUGGUUGAGGCACUGUUUUGGGAAGUUCACGAGGCUGGGGGUCCCAGCUGUUAAUGGCCCCCACUGGGAGGUGAGGUGUAGUUUGGGGAUAUAAAACUUAAUGUCCAGCUCAGCAGACCUAUCUGCCCACUAAAGUCCAAACUCAGGCAACAUGGCACCUUUUUGCCCAGGAACACCGACUGAUCCCCCUUAACGUGACAAGCAUUGCGAGGAAAGCCUUGUGUUCCUACCUCCUUGAAGCCAGGUCAGAGGUGGCAGCCGUUCUCCCAGCUGUGGCAGCCAACGUGGCUUCCUUCUGCUGGCGCCUUAAAAGAGCUUGAGCUGCCUCCUGCGGGUGGGGAAGUCCUGGCUCAAGUUUUAAUGUAGCUCUUGCCUUUAUAGAAGAGUCCCUGGGUGGUGCACAUGGCUAACAUGCUCGGCUGCUAACAAGAAGGUUGGAGGUUUAAGUCUACCCAGAGGCACCUUAGAAGAAAGGCUUGGCGACCUACUUCUGAAAAAUCAGCCAUUGAAAACCUUGUGGAGCCCAGUUCUACUGUGACACACACAGGGUUGCCAUGAGUUGGAAUUUACUUGACAGCUACCGGUUUAAGGGUUUUUAAAUUAUUUUUUGACUUUUUAGCAGCUCUGUUUUUAGCUGCCAUCGAGUCAGCCCCUGACUCAUGGUGACCCCAUAUACAAUGGAAUGAAACACUGCCUGGUCCUGUACCAUCUCCAUGAUCAGUUGAUCAGACUGUUGUGAUUUAUAGGGUAUUUGUUGGCUGAUUUGGGGAAGUGGGUUGCCAGGCCUUUCUUCCUAGUCUGUGAGGAAGUUCUGAAACCUGUUCAAUCUCACAGCAACAUGAAAGCCUGACAGACCGUUGUGGCUAUGCAUGAAGUGCAUUGGGUGGGAAUCAAACCUGGGUCUCCUACGUGGAAGGGGAAGAGGCUCUAGGUCAAUUUUAUUUCUAGGGGACCCCGUCCACCCCCUACUGCCCUUGGAGCUUCAAAGUGAGGAUAUCUUUGUACACCAACUAAUUAGAUGACCUGGAUGAAAUGGACUAAUACCUAAAGACCCACAAAACGAGGGUAUCUGAACGUCUAGGGCGGCAAUCAUGGCUUUCAGUUGCUUUAACAUUGAAGUCAAAUUAAAGCAGCUACAAAACAUUUCUUAAGAUGCAAUAUAACCUGUCAGGAUUCCAUCUGCCAGUCCAUUUUCCCAAGCUGCUGCCAGGAAAAAAUGGUGGAUCAGAGAACCUUUAUCCAAGGGGCCACUUGUCACCGCCUGUGGUAAAAAGCAGCUUUGGCUGCAUCUUGUACCUGGCCUGGCCUAAGACUGCUGUUUACACAAGACUUUUCAACAGUUCAGCUUCAAAUAGCGACUGAGAGAGCUUCCUUGGCCCUCUCAAAGCUGGAAAUGAUGUAGCAAAAAUUUUUGUUUCUUCUAAAUGCAUGCUUUUAUUUUCUGGGAGGGAGGGAAGGAGUGGUGGGGAGUUCUUUGUAAAUCAGGGAGGUUUCUGAGGACCCAAGACUGAUGUCCUCACAGUCACUAGAGGGAUGGAGGUUCACUGUGUUUACAGACAGAAAUAAACCCCAAAGGCCGUGUGACAAAAGCUGCCCAACUCUAGGGAGGAUGCGGGCCAGGGUGGCUGCUGGGGUCCAGUUUCUGCCCCAGUGCCUUCCCUUUUGACCACUUCCAUUAGCAGCUCGUCUUUCCAUGGGCGGUUUUGGUGGGAAAUGGCCACAGCCGUGGUGGUUUGGGUUCUGCUUUUUUUUCUUUUUGGCUUCUCCAAGAAUCAUGUUUUUGUAUCUGUCUCUCCCCUACUCUGUAUAGAAGUAGGUUCAAAUAAGGUGAAAUUGGGUUUCAAUGUUAAAGCAAGAAUUCUCCUGUUUUCUCCUUGGCCAGUCCUGAAACACUACGGAAUGAGCUCUGGGGCCUUGUAACUUAUAUCCUGUGUAAACAAUUCCUUAAUGUCCAAUUCAUAGAGACAUGCACUUUUCUCCACAAGAAAAAGAAAAUUAAAGCCGUUAUAUCCAAAUGUGUCUGUUCUUUUACUUCCAU